UCAAAAAUAUUCUACGGUAAGCGUUUAAACAUAUAUUAAGUUUACAAUACAUUUUCUGAAGCAUUCCGGGAUUCUGAACUAUUAUGGGUCCAUUUCUGUGUCAGAUGAAAAGAUUGGACCACUCUCUUGGCCCUUGGCUCUUUUUGUUAGUUUUCGUUCUGAAAGAAUCACAGCCACGAGAAAUACUUCUAUCCCCUUACCAACCCUUGCUUUCAAUAGAGCAUGGGGAACCUGUGACACUGAAGUGCACAGAAAGGCCAAGCAGUGGUGCAACCUACGAAUGGCUCCAAGAUAACUUACACAUUGGGAUUAUAAACGACUCAGGGAUGAAAAGAGAAAAAAAUACGUUGAAAAUACUUAAGACACAAUUAUAUCAUAGCGGAGUCUACAAAUGUAUUGAAACAAGAGGGGGAGGAGAAAUGCAAAAGCAAAUUCGAUCUGUUUUACUGAACGUUGAGGGCAUGUGCAAAGAGGCUUCAAUAACCAUUAAACCCUAUCGGAGUGAAAAAUAUCCCUUAGGAAUAACCUCACGUUGGAUUGUGAGUGUAGAAGUUCUCGCACAAAGAAGAUACGAUGGUUAAAGAACGGUGCUAAAGUCAAACUAGACAAGCAAAUGAUAACUUUGGACGGCAAAAGAUUGAUAAUCAACAAUGCAACGUAUGCUGAUAGCGGCGAGUACACUUGUAAGGUGAAAGUGGACGGCUUUGGUACCUCCCCAUCAGAGACUGUUCUCUUCUGGGUGGGAACUAAACCAAAGAUUGUUCGUCAUAAAGCUGGAUAUCUAUUACGUGCACCAAGGGGACAGAAGUUAAAAUUUCCUUGCCGAGCAACGGGAAUCCCUCCUCCAAAAAUAGCAUGGUACUACAUGGGCGAAAAGUAUGGUCUAGAUAUUUUAGAAGCGAAAAAUGACAGUGAUUUCAGAGUCUAUGGCGACGGCUCCUUGGAAAUGCUACAUUUCAGAGCAGACAUGACGUUUGAAUUUGUGUGUAUGGCCAGAAAUGUCAUAGGGGAAGACCAUAUAAACGUCGAUCUCUCAACCCCCGUGAAAAUAUCAGUGGAUGAAGAGGUCAGAGCCAUUGAUGGACGCAAUCUUAUUGUGCCUUGCAAAGUUUUAGGCUCACCCAAAACAGAUGCAAUCUGGAUGGAUAAAAAGAGAAUUUACGUUGGAAAUGGUGGUCGAAUUAGUUCAAGGAAAAAUGGUAAUCUGGAAGUAGACGGUGUACUCUUGGGUGAUCGAGGACGAUAUUAUUGUACUUCUGCCCGUGAUGAUCCUUCCCAAGAUAGAUUAGGUGGAGUAUGGCUGAAUGUUUAUGAAACCGACACUAUCAGAAUAAAGGCUACUCACAAAAAUGUUACCCAAGCGUUUGUGGGAAUGACGAUCACGCUUUUGUGCGAGUUUGAGAGUGAACCAAAGAUAAACAUCACCUGGAGUAGGAUGGGCCUGAAGAAGAAGAAGCUUCCAAAAAGAAUGACAUCCUUUGGCUCCUCGCUAAAUAUACGUAAAGUGAGGCUUUCGGAUGGCGGCCGGUAUUACUGCAAUGGAUCAAAUGGUUUCAAAUCCCUAACGACCUUCAUUGAUUUGCUUGUGUAUCCUUCUAAGCUUUACAAGCCAAGCAACGUAACAGUCUCUGAGGGUGACACAGCUUGGUUACAUUGCGCAGCCCGGGCAGACCCCCCACGCAUCACGAUUGCGUGGUUUAAAAAAGGACAGGGCAGUAAAAUGCUCGACAAGAAAAGGUUUCAUAUUGUUGCUAACGGUUCGCUGCACAUAACCGAAGUUGAAGUUGAUGAUCAAGGGAAGUAUUUCUGUAUGACGAGUGCUAACAGAAAACAAAUCUACGGUACGCGGUACCUAUUUGUGAGAGGAAUCCCCAAACGUUAUACAGCCGGACACAAGGAUUGCGGUGGUCGUUUUCCCGUAACGAUCUUCGCACUGGCAAUAAUAUAUACAUUAAUUCUAUGACGCGCGCAAUUGAACUCUCUUUUAUUUAUUUAUUUUUUUUGAAUUUGGUCUUUGAUUUGAGUGUCGCAAGAGAGUUUUAAUUUUUUGUAAUGUCAUAACGAUCUUAUUUUAGCAAGAUGCUGAAAGCGCGCAGGCUGUGGCUUCACUCGUAUUCUCGAAGAGCUAAAAGUGUUGUAUGUAAAUGCGUAUGUAAAUAUGUAAUCUCUUUUCACCUUAACAUUGGUAUGCAGACAGAGCUGAAUAAUGUAUACGCAUGCGAUAGGUUCUGCCCCAAAACACGGAUUUUGAGUCGUUCACAUGGUUGAUUUACUAUUCUAUUGCUUCGCGGCGUCGUUUUCCUUGCCGCUUUUGUUUUAUAGAACAACCUCCAAAAACUUGGUAAACCCCCUAAAAAUUUUCA